UUCUUGGUAUCUCCCAUCAUAAGGUUUUCUUUUCUUUCUGCGAGGUUACAGCACCUCGCAGAUAAACAAAAACACAGAAACAUAUUCAUUUUAAUCUUCUUACUUAUAAAGAUUUUUUUUCUUUAUUUAUCCUAUCUAUCUAAAUUGUGAUUCAUUCCAAGAUAUCUUUUAUCCUUGUUUGUGUGUGUUGUGAAUUCAAAGUUUUAUCACUUCGGUCUGGUUUAGAGAAAUGGAGGUACAUUCAUCAUCUAGAAAUUCAGUUAUCGGAAAGAGGCUAUGGAGAUUCUUGAGGAUUGCAUAUUACAUGAUGCGAAAGGGUUUCAUGUCAAAGAGGAAACUGCUCAUGGACAUGAACCUAAUGAUGAAGAGAGGUAAACUAAUGAGGAAGUCAUUGGGAAAUCUAAUGACGUUCCACAGCCAUCACCACCAUCACAAUUCUCACGAUUUGACGCGUGGUAGCUUCGGCAACCCACAGGAUUACGAGUUCUCUUGCAGCAACAGUCCGAAUCCUGUUUUUUCCCACAUGUCGAAACGUAAACACCAUUACUUCCCUUGUAUCAAUCCUCCUAAUGAGGAAGAUCUCGACGAAGAAGAGAUUGAAGAAGAAGAAGCUAAAGCUGUUGUUGUUGUACGGCCUAAAGUCGGGUAUUCACCUGAGUGUGCUUUCAGCUUUCAGUUUAGUACCGCAGCAACACCUGAUCUGGCCCCUGGAGACAGUAGAUUCAGCCCGCUCUUAUCUCCGUUCGCUGUUAGAGUCACAGAGUAUUCGUCCGAGGAGGAAAAUGAAAUCCAACUAGAGGGAAUGCGUAGCAAUCCGGAAGUUGACGAUGAAGCAGAGGACUUCAUAAAAAGGUUUUAUGAACAACUAAGGCUUCAAAGUAAAACACAGUUGUUACAAUAUCAGGAAAACCAAUACCAAGAGAUGCUUGCUCGGGGUACUUGCUAAUAAUUGUUCAUUAUUAUCAUCGGUUAAUAUCAUAUCAUUCCGUACUAUAUAUCAUUUGUGAUAUCCUCCAUGAUUUUUUUUAUGGUAGGAUGCAUUUGUUCAUGGCUUAUGCAUGCCAAUGUUCGUAGAACUAUUCGUAAUUUUUAUCAUUUUGAUACCAAGUCCUGUUUGAUCUGUUUUCUUGAAUUCCAUACCUGGUUACCACUUGUUUGGUAAAGCGUAUAAUAAAAGGUGAUUUUGUA